UGAACUGAACAUCGCUACGGUGGCUAGAGAGGCUGUGGUACCAUACAUUUUGAGUAAACGCAAAAGUUCGAAGCCUUUCAAGUUCAUUGCGAUUUUCGUUGCAUUUGUGACUUCGUUUCGUUUAGAGAGAUGGGAAAGCGUGUAGCUGUAGUGUUGGCAGGCUGUGGUGUGUUUGAUGGAAGUGAAAUCCACGAGGCGUCUGCGGUUCUGGUUCAUCUGAGUCGUCAGAAAGCUACUGUCAAGAUAUUUGCACCCAACACUGAUCAGAUGCAUGUUGUAGAUCACUUGAAAGGCUCUCCAACAGAGGAAAAGAGAAAUGUGCUUGUAGAGAGUGCCAGACUGGCCCGGGGUGAUAUCCAAGACCUUUCUGAGCUCAGUGUAAAGGAUCUGGAUGCCAUCAUAUUCCCUGGUGGCUUUGGGGCAGCCAAGAACCUGUGUAGCUGGGCUGUCCAGGGUAAAGACUGCUCAGUCAAUGAGCAGGUUAAAACAGUGCUACAGGCCUUCCAUGCUGAGAAGAAGCCCAUUGGCCUGUGCUGCAUCUCACCUGUGCUGGCAGCUAAGGUUUUCCCUGGCUGUGAAGUGACUGUUGGCCAUGACAAGGAUGAUAGGUAUCCAGAUGUUCCAGACACCGCAGAAGCUAUUUCUCAGCUUGGCUGCAAGCACGUCUGCAAGCAUGUGAAUGAGGCUCAUGUCGAUGAGAAAAAUAAGAUUGUCACCACCUGUGCUUUCAUGUGCAAAGCACCACUACAUGAAAUAUUUGAUGGAAUUGGAGUGAUGGUACAGGAGGUGCUGAAACUUGCCUGAAUUCCUGCAAAAUAACUGGAUUAACCCUGUCGUUCUAAUGUUUGUAUAAAACGAUUCCAGCAUCUGAAUAAACAAGUAACAUAACUGA